CUCGGUACUGUUUUUAAAGCACGCUUUGUCUUACCUUUGCUACUUUUUGCUGGACUCGCUCGUAAUUAGCUGUAUUGACGGCUUUAAAGUCGCUUUCGUCGUCGGAACUGUUGGCUUGUGACAUUGUUGUCGCUUAAGAACCUUACGAUGGCUGCCGAAGUCGCUCAACUGCUGCUUUCUGUAAUCCAGGGGAUUCCCGGUGGCGCUACAAACGAUGAUCUGACUAAAGCUCUGUCUGACAUGCCUGCUGCAACGCGAGUUGAGGGUCUCAAUAUAUUGUUGCAGCAAGGCGGCAUAGAAGUGCUGAAAAAGGGCGAAAAACUAAUAUAUCGAGCCAAGGAUCCACAAAAAAAGAGCGCAUUGCCCAAAGAUGCUGACAACGAGGAAAAGAUCGUCUACAGCAUUGUUGAAGAGGGCGGCAACAAAGGUAUAUGGAUACGAGAUAUUCGAAUCAAGUCAAAUUUAAACAUGACACAGUUGAACAAGAUCCUUAAGAACUUGGAAACAAAGAAGCUCAUUAAGGCCGUCAAAUCUGUGAAUGCUAGCAAAAAGAAAGUUUAUAUGCUGUACAACUUGGAGGCUGAUCGAUCUGUAACGGGCGGCGCUUGGUAUCAGGAUCAGGACUUUGAGGUGGAGUUUGUUGAUGUGCUGAAUCAACAAUGUUUGCGGUUUCUGCAGAUGAAACGUGAAACAGCCGAGAAGAAACGGGAUGGUCCAUUGGCCUUUAAGCAAAUGUCUUGUUGCUCAGUAAAAGAUGUGCACAAAUUCAUUUCAGACUUGGGUAUUAGCAAAGUUAAUUUGGAUGAAGACGAUUUGGAGACCAUACUGAAAACCGUCGUCUAUGAUGGUAAUGCAGAGCGUAUAUUGCAAUCCGAUGGUGCUUAUGUAUAUCGCGCUGUAAAUAUGCCGCUGCCAGCGCCGGGCUUGGUGCAGAUGCCUUGUGGCAUCUGUCCUGUGAUCAAGAACUGUUCCGAUUGCGGUGAUGUUACUGCAAUUAAUUGUCAAUAUAUGAAGGAUUGGUUGGAUUAAAAUAAAUUAUUUAUAGCUACACAAAUUAGUUAACUUUA